AUGAUUAUUUCAAAUUUCUUAAAAGAUCCUAUUAUAGCGACUAUUCAUUUCCCGAAAACUGUUAGAGAUAUUCCGACUGACAUCCAAUUUCCGAGCUGCUCAGCUAAUUUCUGUAGGAUUAGCACUGUGCAACAGAAUCCUGAAUACUUGGAAGCGAAGCUCAGAAAUUUGAGAUCAUUUUCACAGAAUCAAGGGGUGCUGCUUUUGGUUUUAGACUUAGAAGAUCUACAAUGUUUGGAAUUUAUUAAUAUAAAAUGCUUUGAGUACAAUUGCUUACUGCUUGUAGCGGCCACUGCCAUGGAUCUUCAAAAAUACAUUGAAGGGUUUGCAUCAAGACCUAAGCCACAACCGGUUUAUAAGGAUGCAGGGGAUUUUCUAAAACAAAUAAAAGGCGUCAAUAAAAGCGAUAUUAAGAAACUAUUGGAGAGAUGGGGGACUCUAGCUCCCCAAGUCCUUAAUCGGACAAUUCUACAUAAUUUUUUUUAGAAAAUUAGCCUAUUUAUAAUAAUAAUAAAUCAAUAAAUAAAACAUCUUAUUUUAUUAUUUUUAUCCUACCCUUGAUCGAAAAAUAGCAGGAAGCACGAUAUAGGAAGAGGGAUUAAGCAAAAUUAGUAAACAAAGUGAGCAGGAUAUGCUGAAUGUAAAAGGCAUAGGCAAAGAAAAAGCGAAGAAGAUUUGUAAUGUUUUAUUUUCUAAUUUAACAAGAUCUAAUAAUUAA